CAAAGAUGGAGAAAGAACAAACACUCAAAUUCCUUCAUGGAACCAUAGAAGCCACCAUUUUCAAUGCCACACCUCCAAGCUCAAGUUGCUCCUUCAAUUGUGCAUUCCUCGGCAAAGAGCCGGCCUACGUGACGAUCAAACUGGGUGAGACAAAGGUAGCAGAGACAAGCCGUGAAAUCGAUCGAAUUUGGAACCAAAGUUUUCGAAUUCUUUGUGCUCAUCCUUCAAAUGCAACCUUAGAGUUCACUCUCAGGACGAAAAUUUCGGUUUUGGGAUACAUUAUAAUCUCUGCAAACUCACAUCUCAGUGAUGUUUGUUUCCCUCUUUUAACAAAGAAAGGAAAAUGCAAUACACAACUGAAAAUCAAACUGUCUUUGAAGUUCAACUCUGCAGAAUCUGACAGUAAAAAUUUGGAAUUUAUUGAUGGUGCUACAUUUCCACCAAGAUCAAACUGUCGAGUUAUUUUGUAUCAGGAUGCUCAUCAUCGGAGUUCGUUUUUCCCACCGAACCGUGCUCAAACCGGGAAAAUUUACCGCCCGAGGAGGCUAUGGGAGGAUGUUUUCAAAGCCAUUGAUGGAGCUAAGCAUUUGAUUUAUAUCGCUGGAUGGUCACUCAAUCCUAAAUUGGUUCUUGUUCGAGAUUGUGAUACGGAAAUAGCGCGAGCACAAGGGAUUACAUUAGGUGAGCUCUUGAAGCGGAAAGCCGAAGAGGGAGUAGAGGUGAGGAUCAUGCUAUGGGAUGAUGAAACCUCCAUUAACAUUCUCAAGAAUCAAGGUGUUAUGCGAACACACGACGAAGAUGCUUUCAACUACUUCAAAAAUACAAAAGUUGUGUGUAAAUUGCGGCCGAGAGUGCAACACAAGUUAAUCCCAACAGUCUUUGCUCAUCAUCAGAAAACAAUCAUGACCGACAUUGGUGCAGAUUUCUUCGAAGAUGAUCACAAGGAUGAGAAAUGUAGACACAUUAUCAGCUUUGUCGGAGGGUUGGACCUUUGUGAUGGUCGGUACGAUACUGAAGAACAUUCAUUGUUUAGAACACUGAACUUAAAAUCACAUUGCUGUGAUUUUUAUCAAACAAGCAUUCAUGGAGCAGUGAUCAGUAAAGGAGGACCAAGAGAACCAUGGCAUGAUGUUCAUGCUUGUCUAGUUGGAGAAGCAGCUCUUGAUGUUCUAACAAACUUCAAACAAUGUUGGGAGAAACAAUGUGAGCCUAAUUCUCUUCUUUGUUAUAACAAACACUUGCAAUCUUUCACUCAUCCAAAUAAUUCUUUCAAUUGGAAUGUCCAAGUAUUUAGAUCAAUUGAUAAAUCUUCUAUAAAGAUACAAAACAAUCAAAGUUCAGUAGAACAUAGCAUUCAUGAUGCUUAUGUUAAAGCAAUAAGAAGUGCAAAGAGAUUCAUCUACAUUGAAAAUCAAUACUUCAUUGGAGGAUGUCAUUUGUGGAGCAAAGAUCGGCAUAGUGGGUGCAAGAACUUGAUACCUUUGGAGAUUGCACUCAAGGUGGCAAAAAAGAUCAAAGAACGGGAUCGGUUCGCAGUGUAUAUAGUGAUACCGAUGUGGCCGGAAGGCACGCCAGAGAGUGAAACAGUUCAGGACAUACUACAUUGGACUAGACUCACAAUGGAGAUGAUGUAUAGAGUUAUAGGUGAAGCCAUUGUAAAGAGUGGUGUUGAAGCUCAUCCAAGGGAUUACUUGAACUUCUUUUGCCUCGCAAAUAGAGAAAUCGAGUCUUGUGAUGAGUUUGUUCCUCCUUGCUCUCCUCCGCACUCGACGAACUAUUCCAAGUCUCAGAAAAGCCGGCGAUUCAUGAUCUAUGUCCACUCCAAACUCAUGAUCGUGGAUGAUGAGUACAUCAUCAUCGGCUCGUCGAAUGUGAACCAAAGAUCAAUGGACGGAGAACGGGACACCGAAAUCGCGAUCGGAGGCUACCAACAUAAAUUUCAUGACAGUAAAACAAACAAUGGUGAUGUCCAUGAUUUCAGAAUGUCACUUUGGUAUGAACAUUUUGGUGAAAUUGAGGAUAUAUUUCUGCAACCAGAGAGCAUAGACUGUGUGAAAAGAAUACUAAAAAUUGGUGAUGAAAUGUGGAAAAUUUACAGUGGAGAUGAAGUGAUUGCAAUGGGAGGAAAACAUAUUGUGAAUUAUCCAAUCAAUGUAUCAAAGAAUGGUGUUGUUGAUGAUUUAAUUGAGAUUAAUGGUGUGUUUCCUGAUACAAAAGCAUUGAUUAAAGGAAGGAGAUCAAGAGCUCUUCCCCCAAUUUGUACUACUUGA